AUGGAUUUAGUUAGAAAAAUGGUAUCGAAAAAGAAAAGGAGAUUCGAGUGGGGAAAUUUCGAUUUAGAUUUGUCAUAUAUUACAGAUAGAAUUAUAGCAAUGGGGUUUCCUAGCGAGUCAAUUGAAGGGUUAUAUAGAAAUAGAAUGAAGGACGUUCAAAGAUUUUUAAAUACAUUACACCCAAAUCAUUAUAAAGUUUAUAAUUUAUGUUCAGAAAGAAAAUAUGAAAAAAUCAGAUUUGAUGAUAGAGUAAGCGAAUAUCCAUUUGACGAUCACUCACCACCCAACUUAAAUAUGAUUGCAGAGUUUUGCAGAGAUGUUGAAUCGUGGCUUGAUCAAGAUCCAGAAAAUGUUGUAGCUAUUCAUUGUAAAGCAGGCAAAGGUAGAACAGGUACAAUGAUAGCUUGUUGGCUAUUGUUCAAUAAACAGUGCCAAACAGGCUCAGAAAGUAUGAGAAUAUUUGCAAAUAAAAGAACUCAUAAUGGGAAGGGGGUUACAAUUCCAAGUCAAGCUAGAUAUAAAUUAAAAAAGGGUAUUCAACAACAGGUAGAAUUAGAUUGUGGUAAUAUAUUAUUAUCAAAUGAUGUAAAAUUAGAAUUUUAUAACAGAAAUUCAAAGGGCUAUAUGUUUAGUUACUGUUUUCAUACAGCAUUUAUUGAGGGAUCUAAAAUUCAUAUUCGUAGAUUAGAAAUUGACAAAGCGCAUAAAGAUCUCAAGCAUUUCCCAAGUAAUUUCUCAAUCGAACUAUUCUUUUUAGAUGAUGAUAAGGAUGAAGAUAGCUCAGUUUCGGAAGAGUCUAUUGAAGAUAAAAGAGUAUUCAAUACCUCGUAUGCAACUGGAUUGGCCAAACUAUAUCAUCACAAUAAUAUUAUAAAAUCACCAGAUAUUAAAAAUAACAGUAAUAACAAUGAUUUAGAUUCAAAUAGUUUAUCACCAAGACCAAGAUCUACAAGAGAUUCAAAGAUGUCAUUUAUAUGUCCAAAAUGUAAACAAGCUAUUACAUCAAGUGAUGCAACAGUUAAUAGAGAUUCUGAAAACUAUCAUUGGAAAUGUAUAACUUGUAAUAGAUGUAAAAAAACUUUAGGUAGCAAUUGUUUAUUUGAAGGUGAUGAUACAUUAUGCAUUGAAUGUGGUACCGAUUCAGGAUUUUUUAAAGCAUGUUCAGGCUGCAGCUUGGUUAUUAAAAAUACAGAUUAUGAAGAGUUUGGAAAUUUAAUUUAUCACCGUUCUUGUUUUUUAUGCUUUUGGUGCCAUUCCUUUUUAGCAGAUAAAGAAUUUAUUGUUACAGUAAGCUCAAAACUUUUAAAAUGUUCCUCUUGUAUUAAUAGUAAUCAACCAGAUCAGAAACAAAUACAACCAAUAGAUAAUACAGAAAACUAUCAAAUAUCAAAUGAUCCAGCCGCAGAUGUAACAUUCGCAGAUAGAAAAUUAAAACCAAGUAGAACCAAUGAAGAUUUACUUUCACUUAGUUUAUCAACCUCCACCAAAGCAGAGAUAUUAAAUCAAGAAAUUUUGAAGCUCGUUAUAGAGAUUGAUGCAGCAUCACCACCUGGGUUAUCAAGCAAUUUAUUAAUUCAAGAUGACAGUUCAUCAGCGAUUACCACACCUAAUGAUAGUUUACAAAUGAUAGAAGCCCAUGACUUAAUUUGUACAAAAUGCAAUUCUCCCAUUGUUAAUCAAAGGCCUGUAAUUUUAGACUGUGGUAUAUGGCAUAGAUCAUGCUUCUCCUGCUAUGAAUGUGACGAUAGCACACCCAUGGACCCAUCACUAUAUUAUAUUAGAAAUGAUAAACCAAUAUGCUUUGACUGUGAUAUCAAUCAUAUAGUAAACGAAGCACAAAGCGAAAUCGUUUGUAAUGGAUGUAAAUUAGCAAUUAAAGAUGAAGAAAUGAUGGAUGCACUUGGAUAUAAAUGGCAUGUUUCUUGCUUGGUUUGUGAAACUUGUAAAGUUCCAAUAGAAGGUCAAUUUGGUGAACACCAAGGUUUAAUAUAUUGUAAAGAUCAUUUUGAAGUGGGUCCAAAGUGUGACCAUUGUAAUAAAUUUAUCGAUGGAAUGUAUUUAAGAGUGAACGGAAAACAACUACAUCAAAAUUGUUUCACUUGCAAUUCGUGCUCGGCAGUUUUAGAAGGAGGAAGAUACUUUGAAAAAAAUGGUGAAUCAAUUUGCGAAAAUUGUAGAACCCAAGAUAUUUUAAAAAGAAAAACCCAAAUUCAAUUACAGCAUUCAUUAAUUAACAGUAUCAGAAAUAGUAAUGAUAAUUCAGCAUCAAUCACAAAUAGUAAUAGUACAAGCAAUAGUAAUCUAAGUAAUAGUAUUAGUUCAUUAAUUUCAGAGCUAUCAAGUAGUAAUGCAAACCCCAAUACCACAAAGAAAGAAUCACCUGGCAAUACAAUCGAAAAAGAAGGACUUUUUGUAAAUAAAAAUAGACAGUUAUUUAGAAAUUCUGUAAAGAUUAGAUUAGAGGAUUUAAAGAACAGUGGUGAAAGAAAGACAUUCGUUUAUCCAUCAUUUCACAGACACAUGCAAAAACAAACUUUUAAAACAGCUUAUCCAACUUUAAGAGGAAGAAGAAAGGAUUUUUUAAAUCAAUUAAAAAAAUUAGAAAAUGAAUCAAGUUCACCAAAUAAUUUAAAUAUUAUUAAUGGUUUCGAAACUGUUUAA